AUGAUGUUCUUGGAAACUUAUAAUCUAGGAAAUUCCGGGUCUCUUCAUCAACAAACUUUUAUUUAUUGUCACUCGAAUCUCGAUGUCGAUCUUCUUAUUCAGUCUGCUAUGAAGAACAAAGGAAAGUUCAAAGCAGGGGUCGAUGAUUUAGAUUUUGCCAAUUUCUGGAAGAUUGGGUUAAUCGAGAAUGAAAUGUAA